UUUUGUGGGGCAACGAUUGAAUCGUUGAAUUGGCUGGUGGUAACCUCACCUGUUUGUAUGGGCUCGGUUGCGUUAAAUUGCAUCCAUCCCCAAUUUACGGUCGCGUACUGCUCGUCCAAAAGCUUCUCCAGGUUCGCUUCCUCUUCGAUCAAGAUGCAGAUCUUUGUUAAAACCCUUACUGGCAAGACUAUCACCCUCGAGGUGGAGUCCUCAGACACUAUCGAUAACGUUAAGGCCAAGAUCCAAGACAAGGAGGGGAUCCCUCCCGACCAGCAAAGGCUGAUCUUUGCUGGUAAGCAACUCGAGGACGGUCGCACCCUCGCGGACUACAACAUUCAGAAAGAGUCUACCCUCCACCUCGUUCUCCGCCUUCGGGGUGGCAUGCAGAUCUUUGUCAAGACGUUAACUGGCAAGACAAUCACCCUGGAGGUUGAAUCCUCGGAUACUAUCGACAACGUCAAGGCCAAGAUCCAGGACAAGGAGGGCAUCCCGCCGGACCAGCAAAGGUUGAUCUUUGCAGGCAAGCAGCUCGAGGACGGCCGCACCUUGGCCGAUUAUAACAUCCAGAAGGAAUCUACCCUCCACCUUGUGCUUCGUCUCCGCGGUGGCAUGCAGAUCUUCGUCAAAACCUUGACUGGCAAGACGAUCACCCUCGAGGUGGAGAGCUCUGACACCAUUGACAACGUCAAGGCCAAGAUCCAGGACAAGGAGGGCAUCCCACCGGACCAGCAAAGGUUGAUUUUUGCAGGUAAGCAACUUGAGGACGGCCGCACCCUGGCCGAUUACAAUAUCCAAAAGGAAUCCACCCUCCACCUCGUCCUUCGUCUCCGUGGCGGAAUGCAAAUCUUCGUCAAGACUCUCACGGGCAAGACGAUCACCCUGGAAGUGGAGAGCUCAGACACGAUCGACAAUGUUAAGGCUAAAAUCCAGGACAAGGAGGGGAUUCCACCGGAUCAGCAGAGGCUCAUCUUCGCCGGCAAGCAGCUGGAGGACGGCCGCACCUUGGCCGAUUACAACAUUCAAAAGGAGUCCACUCUCCACCUGGUCCUCCGUCUCCGUGGUGGCCAGUGAAACCCCCUCUGUUGGCUUGUGUGCGUCGAUUGCUUUUCUGGAUUCCUGUUCUAGUAGUUUGCUGGAAGUCUGAAUUGGAUUAAAUGCUCUUGUGAAUGUGUCGUCGCUGUUCGAACCCAUGUCUGGUAAUCUUGUCUUUGGUUUAAGUCUCUAUGCAGUUUAAAAUUCUCUUGUGUAAUGCAAACAACAAAACCAUUUAGAAUGAUGCAAUGUUGCAACGUUACUUCUUUA